GUACCUGGGAAGAUAAGACAAGAUCACCUAAAAUGAUUAGGUGAUUUUCAAGACACCCUGUGGUGUGAAGAACCUGAAUCAUGGUGAGCCAGAGAGAGCUGUGUCUGUGUGUGUGCUGGAGAAGUAGGCCCCAUUGGGAGCAAUGCCACCACCAUCAGACAUCGUCAAAGUGGCCAUUGAGUGGCCAGGUGCUAAUGCCCAACUCCUUGAAAUUGACCAGAAACGGCCACUGGCAUCCAUCAUCAAGGAAGUUUGUGAUGGGUGGUCAUUGCCAAACCCGGAAUAUUACACCCUCCGUUAUGCAGAUGGUCCCCAGUUCUACAUCACCGAGCAGACUCGUAGUGACAUUAAGAAUGGAACAAUCUUACAGCUGGCUAUCUCCCCGUCUCGGGCUGCAAGACAGCUGAUGGAGAGGAUCCAGUCAUCCAACAUGGAGACACGGCUAGAUGCUAUGAAGGAGCUAGCCAAACUCUCUGCUGAUGUGACCUUCGCCACUGAGUUCAUCAAUAUGGAUGGCAUCGUUGUACUGACACGGCUUGUGGAAAGUGGAACCAAGCUCUUAUCCCACUACAGCGAGAUGCUGGCAUUCACCCUGACUGCCUUCUUAGAACUCAUGGAUCAUGGCAUUGUCUCCUGGGACAUGGUUUCAAUCACCUUUAUUAAGCAGAUUGCAGGGUACGUGAGCCAGCCCAUGGUAGAUGUGUCAAUCCUUCAGAGGUCGCUGGCCAUCCUGGAGAGCAUGGUCUUGAAUAGCCAGAGUCUGUAUCAGAAAAUAGCAGAGGAAAUCACCGUGGGACAGCUCAUCUCUCAUCUCCAGGUCUCCAACCAGGAGAUUCAGACCUACGCCAUUGCACUGAUCAAUGCACUUUUUCUGAAGGCUCCUGAGGAUAAGCGACAGGACAAGCACCUUAAUCCUCUAGACCUGCCUGUCACUGAUAUGGCCAAUGCCUUUGCACAGAAGCACCUUCGGUCUAUAAUCCUGAAUCAUGUGAUUCGAGGGAACCGCCCAAUCAAAACUGAGAUGGCCCAUCAACUGUAUGUCCUCCAAGUCCUGACCUUUAACCUUCUGGAAGAAAGGAUGAUGACAAAGAUGGAUCCCAAUGACCAGGCUCAAAGAGACAUAAUAUUUGAACUGAGGAGAAUUGCAUUUGAUGCAGAGUCUGACCCUAGUAAUGUGCCCGGAAGUGGGACUGAAAAACGCAAAGCUAUGUAUACCAAGGAUUACAAAAUGCUGGGGUUUACUAACCAUAUCAACCCAGCAAUGGACUUUACUCAGACUCCUCCUGGAAUGCUAGCCUUGGACAACAUGCUGUACUUGGCUAAAUUCCAUCAGGACACUUACAUCCGGAUUGUCUUGGAGAAUAGCAGCCGAGAAGACAAGCAUGAAUGCCCCUUUGGCCGCAGUGCCAUUGAACUCACCAAAAUGCUCUGUGAAAUUCUGCAGGUUGGAGAAUUACCUAAUGAAGGACGCAAUGACUACCAUCCCAUGUUCUUUACCCAUGAUCGAGCAUUUGAAGAGCUCUUUGGAAUCUGCAUCCAGCUGUUGAACAAAACCUGGAAGGAGAUGAGGGCAACAGCUGAAGACUUCAACAAGGUUAUGCAAGUAGUUCGGGAGCAGAUUACUCGAGCUUUGCCCUCCAAACCCAACUCUUUGGAUCAGUUUAAGAGCAAACUGCGUAGCUUGAGCUACUCAGAGAUUUUGCGACUGCGCCAGUCAGAGAGAAUGAGUCAGGAUGAUUUCCAGUCCCCACCAAUUGUGGAGCUGAGGGAGAAGAUCCAGCCUGAGAUCCUUGAAUUAAUCAAGCAGCAGCGCUUGAACCGGCUCUGUGAGGGUAGCAGUUUUCGAAAGAUUGGAAACCGCCGAAGGCAAGAACGUUUCUGGUAUUGUCGCUUGGCAUUGAACCAUAAGGUCCUGCAUUAUGGUGAUUUGGAUGACAACCCUCAAGGGGAGGUGACAUUUGAAUCUCUGCAGGAGAAAAUUCCAGUUGCAGACAUUAAAGCCAUUGUCACUGGGAAAGAUUGUCCCCACAUGAAAGAGAAAAGUGCUCUGAAACAGAACAAGGAGGUGUUAGAAUUGGCUUUCUCCAUCCUGUAUGACCCUGAUGAGACCUUAAACUUCAUUGCACCUAAUAAGUAUGAGUACUGCAUCUGGAUUGAUGGUCUCAGUGCCCUUCUGGGAAAGGAUAUGUCCAGUGAGCUGACCAAGAGUGAUUUGGACACCUUGCUGAGCAUGGAGAUGAAACUGCGCCUCCUAGACUUGGAGAACAUCCAGAUCCCCGAAGCCCCACCACCAGUGCCCAAGGAGCCCAGCAGCUAUGACUUUGUCUAUCACUAUGGCUGAGCCUGGAGCCAGAGACAGUAGUACCCAGGAAGGGAUUUGGGGCCCAGGAGAAACACUCACAGUCUGGUGCCUUGUCUUUUGCUGUAUAGAAUCUAUAGUGAUCUUGGUGGCCAGUAAAUGCCAGUCAUUCCUCCAGCCCACCGUGGACCACCCAGAGCUUCCUUCUAGUCCCUGUUCACUAAGUCAUGAAGGCAAGGUACUCUGCUCUCCCUAUCACCAGGGAGCCUGGGUUCCAACCUUGAGGAAUGAACAUACUCUUUGCCUUCCAGCCCAAGAAACUGCUUCUGGGGGUCUGGAUUUAACAAUAGCCACUCACUUUUUCUUCCUGAGCCUGCUUUCCAGUUCGCUGGAUCCCACUGUGGGCAAGAGCUGACCCAGGAAAUACUGCCUGCAGAGAACUAAUGUGUUGGGCAUGUUGAGAACCUUGAAGAGACAGCCUCUGGGAAACCCAGCCUUUGCUUUUGUUGUCUUGUGAGGGCUCACUCCAGCCUCAAUCGGUGCCAAGGUAUCAAGAUGCUGCUACUUUUGAAGUAUGGCUUUCACAUCUCUGAUCUCUGGAGCUACCAGAUCUCUUGCCUACACAACUUGUCAAGUCAGAUGGAAAUUUCUCCAUACAAGCACUCAAUUUCGCACCCUUGUCAAUCAAAGACAUACGGGCUAAGUCCCACCCUCUUAGAUUCAAAGAACUCUACAGGGUGAGCAUGGAUAAGGCCUGGGCCUGGACUGUGGUGAGGUCUCUAGAUUUCACUCCCUUUUCCCCACAUGCAUUUUUUCCUUCCUUGGAGAGAAAUACCCUGCCUAACCUAAACUAUAUCCCUUCAGUUUGUUUUCCUUUGGCCUUCUAGACCUCAGAAAAUUAGCCUUCCCUCCCUCCCCUCCCAUUGGCCGUGAUUUCAGGCUGAGGCCACAGCUGUGCCAAAGGGGCUUCCUUGGUGCUGCAGCACUUAUGAACCACAUGCACAGCCUCUUCCCUUGGGCAUGUGUGAGCACGGUGGCAUUCAGUAUUAGUAGCCUGGCAUGGUAGGUACUGCCCAAUAAAGAGUGUACUAUAUAUUUUCUUUACUAUAGGCCAUACUUAUACAGACUUGUGUAUAUAUAUUUAUAUAAGAUCUACCUAUCCUAGAACGAAAUGUUUGAGGGAAAAUAAAAUUGGAGGCCAAAAAAAUAAUAACAUUUUCCGCUAUGAGCCAAGAUGGUAAUCUGAGAUCAACCAGGAGCUGACAAGUAACCAUGUUUUCAAUAAAUACUCUUUCAUGUACAAA